CUCAAGGCAUUUGACGCCUUCCCCAAGGUAGAAAGCAGCUACCGUGCAGAGCGGACGGUGCGGGGUGCCGUAUUGACUGUUGUGCUGCUUCUUGCGCUCUUCUACCUCUUUGUCGCAGAGUUUACCUGGUACCUGGGCGGGUAUGAACACCAUUCCUUCUCUGUGGAGCAGGAGAUCAAGGAACACUUGUAUGUCAAUGCAGACUUGACCGUUGCGAUGCCUUGCGAUAUGGUGACCAUCAAUGUGCAGGAUGCCUCAGGAGACCGCAUUUUGGCUGCUGAUGCACUGCGGAAAGUGAAGGUGGAUUGGGAUGAGGACAAGACGCAGCACUUGGAUCAGGCCAGGCAGGAGGAGAGUCAUGAGGCGUACGACUUGCAGAAUGCAAUGAGUGCUGCUCGAUCACAUCCUUGGCGACGGGUGAGGGAGAGGAAGGAUGGCAAGGCCUGCCGCUUGUAUGGAACCAUGCAGGUGAACCAUGUUGCUGGUGACUUGCACAUCACCGCUGAAGGGAUUGGAUACAUGUCGAACCGUCGAGUUGCUUUUGAAGAGCUCAACUUUACGCACCGCAUUGACGAGCUGUCAUUUGGUCCGUACUACCCGAAGCUGAAGAAUCCGCUGGAUGGGACACAUGCCGAUGCAGCGCAUGCCUUUCAUCGCUUCCAAUACUUUGUCAAUAUCGUGCCCACGACGUACGAGAGCCGCGGUAGACGGAUUGAGACGAACCAGUACGCGGUGACAGAAUCCUCCCUAUCCACCGCCGAGUCAAUAGGCGACUUCUUCCCCGGCAUUUUCAUCAAGUACGAGAUUGAGCCUGUCUCGUUGAUGAUUCGCGAUGCACGGAUGCCCUUCAGGAAGUUCCUCGUCCGGCUGCUGGGUGUGCUAUCAGGCAUCGUCGUGAGCACGGAGAUGGUCCACCGUCUGCUUGGCGAUAUACUGCGACGGGUA